AUGGAGUGUAUCAGGGACCAUUGGCGUUUCAUCUCUAAAGAUUGCUGUUUGUCGGAGGAGGAAUUUAUUAAAGCAGUACAGUUUGUCUUAGAUUCUACUUUCUUUGUGUUCGAUAGUGUUAUAUAUAAGCAGAAUUAUGGUACACCCAUGGGUUCACCGUUGUCGCCUGUCAUUGCGGAUCUAGUUAUGCGAAAUUUGGAGUUUAGAGCCUUGUCUUCGAUUCGAUUUCCGUUGCCUUUUUACUAUAGAUUUUUGAUAGAGAACUAUAAUGACAUCAAUAGCAGUGGCUCAAAACCAACCGAAAUGUACGAUUUAAAAGCAAAUAUGAUGUCCUUUAAGGCAGACCUGCAGCAUUAUCAUUCACUGCAUGAAUUUAACAUGCAAUCAAAAUAUACAGAUUUCGCAAUGCAAAUAUCGGCCGAACUAGAGGCAUUGAAGCAACAAUUGCAAGAGAAAGACGAACAAUUGAAAAAGAUAUCUGCUGAAAAAGAACAAAUGCUUCAAUUGAUUAACAAUCGAGCACAAUCGACGAUCACUACUGCGACUCUUUAAAACGACAGAAAAAAAUACAUCACAGAAGUGUUAAAACCGU